AUGUCAGGCACAGGCCCCGAAUCGAUGCCCACCUCCGCGGACCCCCGCUCCAAGCGCCCCGUCAAGAAACGCGCCCUCAGCCCCGCCUCGGCUCAGGCCAGCCAGCUGGAGGCUCUCUUUGCCCGCCCGGACCAGGAGAUCCGCGUCCCCCCCUCGGGAGCCGGCCAGGACCCGGCCCGGCGCCUGCCCCUGCCCCCGGAGAUCGUCACAAACGUCCAGGGCUCCUCGGCUGGUGCCGGCUCGGGGGAGUUCCACGUCUACAAGGCCGCCCGCAGGCGCGAGUACGAGCGCCUGCGCAUCAUGGACGAGGAGGUCCGCCGCGAGACGGACGCCCGCGAGUUCGCCGAGAAGAAGUCCGAGGCAGAGCGCAAGGACGACGAGAAGACGCGCCGCAACCGCGAGAAGAGGGAGAAGAUGAAGGCUAGGAAGGAGAAGGCCAAGGCUGCCGGCCAGAAGAAGGGCUCCGGCCCUGGUGCCGCUGCCAGUGGUGGUGGUGGCGGCGGCGGCGGCGGCCUCAAGCCGAGGCAGGACGGGGCCACGGGAGGUGAGGGGGGCCAGGACCAGAACGGCAAGCCGGGGAACGGUGCCAGCAACGCGGAUCCAAAGGGCGACGGCUCCGCUGCGACUGCGGCAGCCGGCGCUCCGGGGCUGGUUAUCCACGACGACGACGAUUGA